AUGCUGGAGUCAAUAAAAGUAACAGAAAAACUUCACUGGCCAGAAGUAGAAAUGUCCGAAAAGUACAUUUUAAACUCUACUGACAAGACACUCAGUCCAAGCCAUGUAAACCUGGAGAAGAUGUCAUCCAGUGUCCUCAAAGACCUCUUCAGCACUGGCUCCAGCAGCUCAUGCAUACGGCUGCAGGCGGAGGAGGAAAAGUGGGAGAGCCCAAAACAGUCUAUGUACAAGAAGCCAAAAACAUCAGUGAAAUGUGCUGCCACACUUGGUAAAAGGAACCAUCCAGGCAUGAGCUUUAAAAAGAUGCGUGCUCAAGAAGGUUGUGGUAAACCUGCACAGACAAGUUGUGUCAUCUCAGGUUCCAACUCCAGUUUUUCUAAACCAACACGGAGUAUCGCAGUAGUGGGCAGCACUAUGAGCCUCACCCCUCGUUCAGUCCCAAAACUCAGGAAGAUGUGCGUCCCCAAUUCGCCUCGCACCAAAUUUGUAUCAGUGCAUAAAGCAGCUUUUGCGGGGGAAGUGGAGAAUGCCAAGAAAAUCUGCAUCCUUACAGCAAUCAAGCCUUCUAAUGUGGAGAAAGAGAAGGUCAAGUUUUUCAAGUCUGACUUCAACUACAAUCCCCAGUUUGAGUACAGCAACCCUGUCUCUCCGCUUGUCUUGGCACGGCAUAAUAAUUCCUCAGAUCGCUUCCUGACACAGGCAGUCCACAUCAUGGAGCUUGCACUGCAGCGAUAUGGCAGCUAUGAGAAGUUUGAGCAGGUCACUGGGGGUAAUCUCCUCACCAAGAGUCGCAUCUGGCACAAUGUCAAGAAAUACAUGGAGAAGGAAGGCUGCGUGGGGGAGAUAGUUGUCCAGGUGACAGAUGACCUCCUGUCGCGAGCCUCCAUGACAGUCGUAAACAGCAGACCUAUACUAACCAUCAACAUCGCCACUGCGCGGGAGCACUGGCUGGAGGGCAUGCUGAGGCAUGAGAUUGGCACACAUUAUUUCCGUGGAUUCAACAACUGCCACCAGCCGUGGAGCAGCAGUGUGGGAAGGAAAAAGCACAACCUGAAGCCCCUGAAUCCGACAGAGGAGGGCCUGGCCAGCAUCCACAGUGUGCUGUUCAGGAAAGACCCCACUCUGUGGCGUGCUGCCCUUCUGUACUACACUGUCUACCAGGCCAGCCACAUGUCCUUCUCUCAGCUCUUCCACAACCUGGGACGCUUCGUCCAGGACCCCAACACCCGUUGGGACUACUGUGUCAGGGCCAAGAGAGGCCAGACUGAUACAGCACAGCCAGGGUGCUUCAGUAAAGACCAGGUCUACCUUGAUGGCAUCCUGAAGAUCCUGAGAUACAGAGACAAGAUCAACUUCCCACUGCUGAUGGCUCUAGGAAAGGUGUCAUUCGAAGAUCUGGACCGCCUGAAAGAAGUGGCUCAGAUGGAGAACAUCCGCAUCCCUCACUUCAUGCAGGACCAGGCGAUGUAUGCUGAUCAACUGACCAAAAUCAUGACGGUCAACCAGCUGACUGAUGAGGAGCUCAAGACAAUCAUCUGA